AACAUUUUUUGCGUCUUUGGAAGUUUUUGCGUCUAGUAUAUUAUAUAAUAAUUUUCUAUAACAAAAAUCUCAGACUUGGAGGUGUAUUUAAAAUAAUAUAUUAAGUCAAUCGUGGCUGCAAAAACAAUAUUAUUUAAUUUGUAGCGAUAAUUCCACUGAAAUAUUAAAAAGUAAAAUAAAAUAAAUUCCACGAAUCUCUGUCGUGUAAAAAUAUAACUCUUAAGCGUUUCCGUUUCCGUGCAAGUUAAAUAUAAAUAAAAGUCCAACUUUGUCGAGGGGACCUUGUAAUAGGUGUGUUCAAUUCUGAGAUAAUUCAUAUUAGUUGUUAGCUAUUACUAGUCCAAAACAAUUAUAAGUUUUCUGCACCAUUAUUAAAUUUAGAGAAAAUGUUACAAGCUAAAAUUUAGGUGUAAUCUAUAAAAUUAAUUAUUUAUUUUGUUAAGUUGCAAAAAAGUAAUUUUAGCCGUUAACCAUCACCGGUAUUUAGUUGUAGAGAAACAGCUAACUUCACGCUGCAAUUAUUUUGCCAAAUGUUGUGUUGCUAACAUUUAUGGUACUCUUCAGACAUACUUUUUAACUACUGAGCGGAAAAGAGAUAACCGCUUAACUCUUGUCCGUUGAAUAUUUCGGCAGCUGGCAUGACAGAAGAAAAAACAACCACACAGAUUUGCUCUUUUCUUAUUGGAACUUUUCUAAUUGUCAAACUGUUCCCUGAACUUAAAGAAGUCUAUUCCUUUGAAUCGAUUUAUUAUUGAUAAAAAGUGAUAUUUAUAUCAAAUCAACUAAAUCAAUUCGAAAAUAUACGUGUUGCAAUUCUUGCUAUUGGUUGGUACCCUGGCAUACAACACUGGUUCACGUGUCAUUCAGCAAAUCAUUUAUUGGCAGCGCCGUCAGGUCUUCAACUGUUUCCAACAGAAGCAAAAAGCUGCGAAGGUGGAGCGAAAGUGAAAAUUUAAAUUCAUCAAUCUUUGCAGAUUCUCUCGGUUUUAUCUGACGUUUUUGCUUCUACCGUGUACCGUGUUUAACGCAAAAACUUAAAAAAGUAGAUAAUUCAUCAAACGAUUUACACGCGUGUCCUAGAGUUAUUAAAUAAGAUAUCUCAAGUCCGUCUGUGGAUAGAAUUUCAUAUUGUGACAUUCAUAAUCGAAUCAAUAGUGCAAUAUAACAAAUAAAUUAAAAAAAGGAAAAUCAAAAGCGAUUUUUAGCGAGGAGAGCAAAAUAAAUCAUAAAAAUUGUGAUAUUGUGAGAAUAUCGUAUUUUCUGCUAGCGCCAAUGCCAAAGUUAACUGCUACGCCGGCUGACAACAAUAGCUCUCCACGAUAAAAAACAUUCUCACGACGACUAUCUAGUUGGUGCAAGCGGCUGUGUCUUCCCUUUACUUUCGGGAAUAGUUGAGGAAGGAACAAAACAAAACCUAUAAAGUAAAAAAAAGUGUUAAUGCAAGUGUUAAAGAAUAUUAAUCCUUAAGUGUUAACAAUUAUAAGAAAAUCAGUAAGUUAUAUUAACUGAACUAGUAAAAUAUAAAAAUACAACAGGAUAGAGCAACGAUAUACCAGAAUAAACGAAAAUGCUGAUCAAAGAAUACCGCGUUACCUUGCCAUUAACUGUGGAAGAGUAUCAAGUCGCACAACUUUAUUCAGUUGCUGAGGCAUCGAAGAAUGAGACUGGUGGUGGCGAAGGCAUUGAAGUGUUAAAAAACGAACCAUUCGAUAAUUAUCCCCUAUUGGGUGGUAAAUACAAUGCCGGUCAGUAUACAUAUAAGAUCUAUCAUUUGGCAUCAAAAGUUCCAGCAUUUAUAAGACUAUUGGCACCGAAGGGUUCCUUAGAAAUACAUGAAGAGGCAUGGAAUGCCUAUCCGUAUUGUCGAACGGUCAUAACGAAUCCCAAAUUUAUGAAAGAUGGUUUUAGAAUUACCAUAGAUUCGAUGCACGUGCGAGAUGAUGCGGGCAAUAUACCAAAUGUGCAUGAACUGCCACCUGAGAAACUUAAAACACGCGAAGUUGUUCACAUCGACAUUGCGAAUGAUACCGUCUUGCCUGCCGAUUACAAACCUACCGAGGAUCCAACAAAAUUUAAAUCAGAGAAAACUGGUCGUGGCCCGCUGGUGGGUCCAAAUUGGAAGAAAAACGUCGAUCCAGUGAUGACUUGCUACAAAUUGGUAACAUGCGAAUUUAAAUGGUUUGGAUUGCAGACAAGAAUAGAAAACUUUAUACAAAAGUCAGAGCGACGAUUAUUCACAAACUUCCAUCGUCAAGUGUUCUGUUGGAUGGAUCGCUGGCACGGUCUGACAAUGGAGGACAUACGCGCUAUUGAAGAGAAGGUCAAAGAGGAGCUUGAUCGGCAGCGUCAGGUGGGCGAGGUGCGAGGCAUGCGUGCCGAUAGUGAUUAAAGGGUAUAAUCAAAGCUUAAACAAAUUUAUGACAAAACCAACAACAACAUAACAACACCAAACCUACAACAACUAGAAAAAGCAGAUACCAAACGCCUCUGUAAGCACCCACUCACUACUCAAUCGUUUCCAAAUGCACCACUCAAAACCUGAAUUUAUUUGACUGCUUAAACCUGACGAGAGAGACUAUGUAAGGAAGUUGCACUUUCGAAAUGAUGCAUCCCAUGGCUGUUUAACCAACCGGAAACGUAGCGCUAUAAAUUCGACAUCAUCAGUAGUUGUUCCGUUAUUUUUUUUUAUCAUGCAAUACAUACAUAAAUGUGUACAUAUUGUUUAUACAAGUACUCACAGCCACAUGCCGUUAUUUAGCAGCGGACACUUAAGCAGGCGCAAGUUACACGAAAGGAAACGCAUAUUUAAAGAUGAACUUCAAACAGUUAUUUAAAUUUAAACUGCAUUCUUAAAUUGUUUGAGAAUAGCUUUUAUUAUUAUUUGCUUUUGAAAUUACAUUUAGCUUAGUUAAGCAUACAACAGAAACGUAUUAAUAAUUAAACUAACCAGCAAGCAACAGAAUACACUGUUUAAAUAAAUGUGAAUAAACAAAAACAAUAGACUAAACCAAGUUAAGAAGAAAUACCAUUUAAAUAAAGAAAAAGCAAAGCAACUUAUUAUAAAGAAUUAAAAGAAAAUGCAAUAGUUAAUUUUUAAAUAAAUAAUAUAUAAGUAUAAUUCACAAAUUAAAUGCGUUUAUAUAUAAAUACUAUACAUGUAUGUAUUUCAAGAGAAAAUUAAACCAAUUAUAACUACUUAAAUUAAAUUGAUUAAAGUUAUAGAAAUAAUGAGAAGAAAUAAACAAAAUAUUAGAAAUUACUGCAAUUUCACACUAUUUUCAAUGAGAAACCAAAUCGGGCAGAAAAUUCUCAAAAGACACCUCUCUCCCAUCCAUCCACUUCAAGUUCAACAGCACAUAAUGUCAAUCUAACUAUUGUUGUAAACACAAAGAUGUAAAAUAAUAGCAUAAAUUGAAAACUAUUGAAUCAUAGCAAACAAAAAAAAAAAA